UCUUUUGGAUUUGUAAAAGACCAUUUAUGAGGCAUUUAUGAGAUCUAAUUUAAUCAAAUCAUGGACUAAACUAAAAUUUCUAAAAUUGCAGGAACCAAUUUGAAAUUAUACUCAAGUUAAGGGAACAAGGUUGUAAAUUAAUUUUUUUAAAACUAUUUUAUAAGAAGAUUGCAUGAAUCAAUUGACAUACAAGUGUUAGUAGCUACGAAAUCUAUGGUUCAAAUCCUCAUAUCUCAAAUGUACUAAAAGAAGAUUGGAUAAUGUACGUUUAAAUAGCAUCACAAUACUCAAUAUCUAGAUUCUUCAAGUAUAAAACAUGUGCCAAAAUGAGCACGAUUAGUAUGUAUUCUUCUAUUUCUUUAUGGUCAAAAGUUCAAUUUUUUAUCCUAACUGUUGUAAGUUAUAAAAAGUGUCCGAUAAGUAUUUGGAAUUGAAUUUUGUGUGUAAUAUUUUUUUGAUCCAUCAAAAUUUUCAAAAUUCAAAAAUAUAUUAGACACAAAAUAGAAUGACAAAGUAGACUAAAGUCUUAAUUUUACCAAUUAAAAUACUCCUUAAUUUUCAAAUUUUUGUAUGGCACUCUCUUCAUUUCUAUUCCCUUUGACCCAGCAUCAUCCAUCCUCAAAUUCAAAAAGAACAACAAAAAGAGUGUAGAACUGAUGAAUUACACCAAAGAACAUUGAAAAAAAUCUAAAGUGAAUUCAUGAUUUUCAACAAACUCUACAAUGUAAAACCCUAAAAAAUCAUACGAAACAGAGCAUAGAGUAGUGUGCAAAAGAAAAGAAAGCGAGAGAGACGGAAAGGAUCAGAUUCAUUGCUGAAAACAGAAGAAAAGAAUCGAUUGAUUCAAUCAUUUCGAAACGCAAAGCAAAAUCAUAACAUCAGAUCCGAAAAGGGAAAGCGAAAACAACUUACCUUUGUUGUUUUGGCGAUCGAUUUCUGCGAGGCAUUUCUACAAACACCUUGCGUGCUGUUCAUAGAAAUCAAUGGCGAUGGAUCGAAAUAAACAAAGGAAAUUUGGUGAAGAUUGUUGGAUCAAAGGAGUAGUGGUGAUUGUUCAUGAUUUUGGGAAAUCGGGACCUGCAAAAUUGGCUUCUCUUCAGAUUUAUAGUGCAACAGAACUUGAUCCUAAAACAGGAAAUGAAAAGUUGAGUAAAAAGGCGAAAUUAGAAGAAUGGAGAAGCAAGAAAAAGAGUGAUGGAUCAAAAAUCUCGAGCUAUAAAGUAAAGUUGAAGGUUGAGAAAUGGUUUGGAAUUCCAGGAGCAUUUUUGAUAACAAAUCAACAUAAGCAUAAAUUCUUCCUUAGAUCAGCUUUUUUCCAAAUUUCAAACCAUUCCCAAAUAAUCCAUUUUGAUUGCAACUCUUGGGUUUAUCCAAUCAACCUCAAUGCCUCUCAUUAUCUUUUCUUCUCAAACACUAGUUACAUUCCAAGCCAAACACCAAGUCCUCUCAUGGAGCUAAGAAAAUUGGAGCUAAUAAAGGUAAGAGGAGAUGGUAGAAGAGAAAUAAUGGAGGAAUGGGAAAAUAUUUAUGAGUAUGAUUAUUACAACCAUGUUGGAAAUUCCCAAGAACAUUCUAGACUUAUUAUUGGUGGAUCCUCUUCUCUUCCAUAUCCUCGUAGAUUAAGAACUCUUCAUCCUUCUAAUGAAGAUAGUUCAAGUGAGAAAAUGGAUUUGGAGACAGAUGUAGCUGCUGAUGAGAGAAUGAGCUACAACAAAGUGAAAGAAUUGGCUUCAAACACAGUGGAAGCUGCCCUUCAAUUCCUCAUUCCAAUCCUAAAAACCCUAAAUUGUCAACCCCACAUUGAUCAUUUCAAGUCCUUUGUUGAAUUACACUGUUUCUUUUGGGCCCAAAAACCCUCCAACUUGGCUAAAGCAGACAAAUGGACUAAACUUCAAAUCCAAAAAUUUCUCCCCCAAAACCUUUUCCAACAUAUUCUUUCUCAAAAACAUCCCUUCAUCUAUCCACUUCCUCAAUUUCUCAGAGAAAAUGAGCAUGCCUGGAUGGAUGAUGAUGAAUUCGCACGACAAAUGCUUGCAGGAACUAAUCCUGUGCGAAUCACAUGCUUACACAAUUUUCCACCAGAAAGCAAAACCAAAGUGGUUAGUACAAUAAAAGCACCAGAUAUUGAACACAACCUAGAUGGUCUUACCCUUCAACAGGCAAUAGAAGACAGAAGGAUAUUCAUGUUGGAUCAUCAUGACUAUCUAAUGCCAUUUCUGAAUAGAAUAAACAGUGGCGAUGUAUUUGCCUAUGCAUCUCGAACCCUACUAUUCUUAAGGUCUGAUUCUACACUAAAGCCUUUGGCAAUUGAACUUUCUUUACCAUACUCUGAAGCUGAAGGAGAAGAGAUAAGUUGGGUUUACCUGCCAGCAGCUGAGGGCUUGGAAGCAGCCCUGUGGCAGCUUGCCAAAGCUCACGUCGCUGCCAACGACUCCGUUUACCAUCAACUCGUCAGCCAUUGGUUACAUACCCAUGCAGUUGUUGAGCCGUUCAUCAUUGCCACUCGCAGACAGUUGAGUGUUAUGCAUCCAAUCUACAGAUUGCUGAAUCCUCAUUUCAAAGACACCCUACACAUCAACUCACUAUUUAGGAGCUUCUUGUUGAGACCUGAUGGAAUCUUUGAGAAGAUAUUGUUUUCUGGUAAGUACUCCAUGGAACUAUCUUCCGAGCUUUACAAAGAGUGGCGGUUCGACGAGCAUGGUCUCCCAGCAGACCUGCUGAAAAGAAAUAUGGCUGUAAGAGAUCCAGAUCCGGGAAACCCGACCGGAGUUCGCCUCAUCUUCCCUGACUAUCCAUAUGCAGAAGAUGGCCUUGAGAUAUGGACUGCAAUCAAGACAUGGGUGAAGAGUUUCUGUUCAAUCUUUUAUAGAGAUGAUGACUCUGUACAUUCUGAUGAAGAACUCCAAGCUUGGUGGUCUGAGAUCAGAAAUGUCGGUCAUGGCGACAAGUCCCAUGAGUCUGGGUGGUAUGAAAUGACCACACUAUCAGACUUGGUAGAGGCCCUAACAACUCUCAUAUGGACAGCAACUGGACUCCAUGCUGCAGUGAAUUCGGGGCAAUAUGCAUACGCCAGUUACCCUCUUAAUCGUCCCACACUCUGUCACAAGUUCAUUCCCAGUGAAGGUACAGUUGAAUAUGCUAAACUCUUGAGUGAUCCAGACAAAUAUUAUCUCGAGAUGUUACCUGGAAAGUUUGAAACUGCACUUGGCGUUGCAUUGACAAAGGUCCUUUCACAUCACGCAAAGGAUGAACUGUACCUGGGAAGGAGGUCACCAUACAACUGGACAGAUAAUGCAAGGGCUCGAUAUAGCUUCAGUGAGUUCAGUAAAGAACUUAAAAAUAUAGAGAAGAGAAUAGAAGAAAGAAACCGAGAUCCCAACCGCAAGAACAGAAACGGACCGGCCAAGAUCCCCUACAAACUUUUGUUCCCUGAUACAUCAAAUUUUAAUCCAAAAGGAGGGAUCGCAGGCAAAGGGAUUCCAAACAGCAUAUCUAUAUGAUGCAGCCGCAUGACUUACAAAUAGAAUGUUCAAUCAGAAAUAUGGGCAAGCCAUUCAUUAAUCAUCAACCUUUUCUAAAUAUGAGAAGUCUGCUGCCUAACUAUGUUAUUGCAGACCCUUCAAAAAUUAAUCAACCAACGGUGAGUUUGGGAUAACUGUUGGGAGGGUGAAAAGUACUUUUAGCCCAAUAUAAUUACUUUUCAAAAUUUUCAAUUGUUUGGUUAGACAACUAGAAGGAGAAUCACUCGUGCUUCCUCCAAAAAUGCUCACACAAGUGUUU